CUGGUUCGGAGGUGGCAGCCAUUUUGAGUUUUAGGUGCCAGAGCGGAGACGGCUGCAGUCGCCGCUUGUGUGGGGAGGGGUUGUCCCUGUUGGAAGGAGACGCCGCUGUUGCCCGUGUUGUCUGUCACCUUUGGGUGUUUGGUUGGCUAGGCAGUCCGACCGUCCCAGGAGCCGCCGGUGGUGGGUCUGACCGCCGCCUGCUCCGCGGAGAGAGCUCAUUCUCUACAGGCCGUGGGGGCCCCCGCUGACAUGUCCAGUAUGAAUCCCGAAUAUGAUUAUUUAUUCAAGCUACUCCUUAUUGGAGAUUCUGGUGUGGGAAAAUCUUGCCUGCUACUUAGGUUUGCAGAUGACACGUAUACAGAAAGCUAUAUCAGCACAAUUGGGGUGGAUUUCAAAAUCAGAACUAUAGAGUUAGAUGGCAAAACUAUAAAGCUUCAGAUAUGGGAUACAGCAGGACAAGAGAGAUUUCGAACAAUUACUUCUAGUUACUACAGAGGAGCUCAUGGCAUCAUAGUUGUGUAUGAUGUUACAGAUCAGGAGUCGUUCAAUAAUGUAAAACAGUGGCUUCAAGAAAUAGAUCGUUAUGCCAGUGAAAAUGUUAACAAGUUGUUGGUAGGAAACAAGUGUGAUCUGACUACAAAGAAAGUCGUAGAUUAUACAACAGCGAAGGAAUUUGCAGAUUCUCUUGGGAUUCCAUUUUUGGAAACCAGUGCAAAAAAUGCAACCAAUGUAGAACAAUCUUUCAUGACCAUGGCUGCGGAGAUCAAAAAACGAAUGGGUCCUGGAGCGACAGCAGGUGGCGCAGAGAAAUCCAAUGUUAAAAUUCAGAGCACUCCAGUCAAGCAGUCCAGCGGAGGUUGCUGUUAAAACUUUCCUUCCCAGCUCUUUCUCAACAAUGAAUUUGAAAUCUGAACCCAACUGAAAAAAAUGCCUGAAUUGUACUGUAUGUAGCUGCACUACAACAGAAUCUUAUCGUCUCCACAAAGGUCAGAGAUUGUAAAUGGUCAAUACUGACUUUUUUAUUCCCCGAUCUCAAUAAAGCUAACUUCAUUUUCAGAAAUGUGUUAAACCUCUUGUGUGCUGGUUUAUAAAUGCGUGUAAUCUUUGUUACUUUUUCUUAUACCAGAUUGUUUCCUGUGGUUGGCUAAAUUUUGAACAUUAUUUUGUUCUGAUCAUAUUGGCACAUUUAGAUGUCGGGUUUAGGCUUCUGAAGAUGAAGUUUAGUCUUUGUUUUUGUAUUCCACAGCACAAUUGUGGCUGUCACUUUUCCAUGCACAAAGUUCAUAAGGCAUUCUGUAUAAAAUCUAAUUUACUAGUUCCAUGUAGAGCUCUAAGGAAAUGGAAAGAACACACACUACCUGGGAUCAGCACUAAAUAACGGUGUGCAGCCAAAGCAGGUUUGGACUCUUGAGCAGCACCUCCUUGGCAACCCCUUUUGAAAUAGCAGGGCAUUUCACUAAGGGGAGGGGGAUUGCCAUUCAAAAGAAAGUUGCAAUCCCAUAAUAGGUCUUUGGAUCACAGAUGCUGAUUUUUCUUUAUACUCUGCAUAUAAUUUGUGGCUGCAGACUCUUGUAAUUUGUUGCACAAAAUGUAACAAACUGAAGAAAUGUUUAAUAAAUAUUGUACUUAUUGGAAGUAAUAUCAAACUGUAUGGUGAUAAAUAUUGUCUUAAUUCUUAUGAAUAAGGGGAAAGGCUUGCAUUGUGCCCCAGUGAACUUUUUCUGUGCAGUAUUGGCACUUUAAAAUCACUUCCUUAUAGACUAUACCUGCCCAGCCCAGCAAAUGACUAGCAAAUAUGACCUACAUGACAAAGUGUCGUGUGUUUCUGGCAUGUGCGCUGUACUUGGAACACAACUUAUACCAUUGUUUAUAGAACCAUAAUCACUCUAGAUGUACCAUUUCUUUCCCUUUGCAUCCUAAUUGUGUUUGAAUCUAUUUCUGAAUGGUUCCAUUUAGAAAUUAUUUGUCUCUUGCUCUGUCAUAGAAAAGGAAACAGUAUUUUUCCUAAAGUAUGAAUGACUUCAAGCUAACAAGGUGAUGUUAACUCUAAUGAUAUGUUAUGUCUUUUCUAAAUAAUGUUACUUCCAUUCUCUCACAAUCAAUACUGUUGACUUUAAUAAAAUUUUGUGCAAUUUAUUGGUCGGCUUGGUUAUGCACUAAGGCACAAGAAAAUUACAGUGAAAAAAAAGCAUAGUAAUAGGCAGCUGACCAAAAGACAAAUAAUACAUUUGUGCAGGGAGGAAACAUUUAAAUACAUGUGAAUUUGAGCAAAAAUGUGGCUUGGUUAUUGCUUUAGUGACCAUAUGUAUAACUUUUGUAUAAAGAAACUAAUCCAUUAGUGCCUGAUAUCUGGGUUUUAAAGUUACCAACUUGAUAAAAGAAUAUCUUAUUUACAAAAUAAUUUGAAAGAGUCAUUGACACUUUUUGUAAGCAAACACUCAGAUGUGGUUGAGAGGCAAAUGUAUUAGCAAAUCUCUGAGAAAAUUUCAUCCCCACUAUGGGAUAGACAUUAGUGAUCUGCAACUGGAACACACAAUACCUUAAUUCUUCAUAGUACUGUUGUUAGAAGAUUGAAAUUAUUGAAUUUCUGAAUUUGCUCUUUAACUUCAACAAUAAAGUGUACUUCAGAAUAAGAAA